AUGCUCGGGGACCGUUUUUCAGUUAUGUCAGUUGCCGAAAUAUGUUGGAAGCUGUUACUGUUCCCAUGGAUUGCCAAAUUGGGACAAUGGAAAGAAAUUUGUCUACUGCAAUUUCAGACGACAACUCCGUUUCCUUUCAUCACACUACCAAACGGAUAUACGUUUCCUUCUUCGACAGCGUCACCGUUCACGUUUAUACCUUUAACAAAUAGUACCACUACAUCAACGACCACUACACCAACGACAACUACGCCAUUAACGUUCAGCACAGCAACUACUGCUUCAGUGACAACCAGCAGUACCACACCCCAAAGCACAACGAUUAGCUCCUUCCCAACGACCUUCCCGCCGCUUACAUCAACUACAUUUCUAACAACACUACCGACAAGCUCAUCGACCACAAUUACUACUUUUCCAAAUACUCAAACAAUAACCCCUCCACCAUUAACUAGCCCUACGUUUUCUACUUCGACUGGUUCUUCUAGCACGACAUCUCGAGCCACUCAAACUAUUUCCACGCCUUUCUUGACCUCUACAUUUGCUUCUUCACUGUUUCCGACAGUAACGUUCACAACUCCCUUUCCUACCAGCACUAUUCCUGGCGGUACACUCACGACGCUUCCACCAAUUACCACAGUAACUAGUGUUUCAUCUUUACCUACCUUCCCUAUCUCCGUGCCUACACUCCCUUCACCUAUAACAACGUCCACUUUCCUCACCACCACAAGUUGUUCCUCGGGACCAGUCACUUGUCCACCAAACCUCCAAACUACAACAUUCGUUAGUACUUCAACAGUUCCCGGCAUCGAUCCCAGGCCAUUACCCCGGCAACUGUACAAUGGUUGCCCCUGCAUUGAUGUGAGACAGCUUUUUCCCUUUUUCUAUUUUCGGUAAUCUAGAUGACGCUUGUUAUACUCCUGGUGGACAGCCCGGAAUUUGCAUACCAUACGCCAACUGUGAUGUCAUUGUGCGUCUUCUGAUUCAAAACUCUCAGAAAC